AUGUCAUCGAAUGCUGUGAAGGAUUCUGAAUUAAUUCCACCUUCUUUCUGUGACAGUAAUGAAAAAGAAUAUCCUAAACACAUACACGAUAUCGUUAAUCGUAUCAGCGCUCUCUCACUGUUAGAGGUCGCAGAAUUAUCAGAGUUGUUGCAAAAGAAAUUAAAUAUUAAGAGUCCUGGACCUAUGAUGCCCAUGAUGGCUCAAGCACCGACUAGUCAAUUGCCAGAAGAACCUGAAGAGCAACAGGCACCGACCAAAAUGUCAUUCUCAGUAAAGAUUGUGAAAUUUGACGCUGCAAAGAAAAUCCAACUUAUCAAGGAAAUAAAACAGGUCGUUCCUGAAAUGAAUCUUGUCCAAGCUAAAAAGUUUGUGGAAAGUACACCUGCAAAUGUGAAGACUGAUGUACCUAAAGAAGAGGCUGAACAAAUAAAAAAGAUAUUAGAAGAGGCUGGAGCGUCUGUUGUAAUUGAAUAA